AUGUUGUCUUUACCCGAUGACAUUAUAACCUUUAUGUUAAAUGUUAAACUGCUGGAUAGAAAAGACUUGGUUAGCAUAUCAAUGUUAAAUAAGGACUACCGGAAACGUUUUGAACCUAUCCUGUUUGAUAAAAUAAAAAUGACCUGGAGCCAGUUGAAUUCUACCUCAAACUGCAGUGAUAGUAAGCAGAGGCAACCAUUACAAAUAUCUCUUCACAGAUGCUUUGAGUCCUUUAUGUACAAAGAUUUAGUGUCAUUUAUUCGCGUUCAUAGCGAUAUGCACAACUUCAAGCAAACUUCAUAUGGCGAAUGGAAUACUGAUUUGUCACCUCUGAAUGAUUGCAAGUUUCUCAAAGGUUUGGCUAUUGAAGUUUUGACAUCUUCCCGAUGCCUCAAAUAUCAAUCAGCAUUAGAGAGAAGUCAAAUUGUAUCCUUGAGAAUCUGCAGCCACUCAACCACCGAUGACAAUGCCUCGCUUUUUCAACUUACCCAUAUCAGCACGCAUUUCCCAAAUGUAUCUAAGCUGACUCUUGAAGGCUUCCUAAUAGACAAGGACCAGUAUUUCAUGCCUUCACUGAAUAACAGUGGAAGACUUUCCAAGCUUAGAGAUAUUACUUUGGUCAACUGUCAGUGGGAGUAUCCCUUAUCAUUGUUUGAUAUUUUUUGCCCUUUUUACCACCAUAGUUCUCUAUACACAACGUCAAAAACCCCAGAGAUCAUACAACCUACAAGUCUAUGUCUCAAAUACACUAACAGCUAUUCGUCCUUCGUUUUGUAG